AUGGUUCUCGCAAAGUCAAAGAAGAGCGUCGGCUUGGGCAACACGCUCAUGAACGAUCGCUUCGGCAAGGGCAAAGGACAAGACCGCAAGAAGGCCGUCACCAGAACCCAUCACGAGACCGGCGAGCAGUAUCUCAUCAACGAGAAACAGGAUGCGGCCUGGGUCAAGAUGCGCUCCGUCACAGAGCAGGGCGCCCUCGACGAGUUUUUGUCCACAGCCGAGUUGGCCGGUACCGAUUUCACAGCCGAGAAGAUGAACAACGUCAAGAUUAUUCACACCGACCAGAAGAACCCCUACCUUCUGUCAUUCCAAGAGGAGCAGGCCAUCAUUGGCAAGCACAAGAUGCACAAGGACCGCCUCGCCGUACCCCGCAGACCAAAGUGGGAUGCCACCACAACCGCAGAGCAGCUUGACAUGCGCGAGCGUGAAGCCUUUAUGGCGUGGCGCCGUUCGCUGGCCGAGCUGCAAGAAGAUAACGAUCUCCUCAUGACCCCGUUCGAACGCAACCUCGAAGUCUGGCGCCAGCUGUGGCGAGUUAUCGAGCGUUCCGACCUCAUUGUCCAGAUUGUCGACGCCCGUAAUCCCCUCCUCUUCCGCUCUGCCGAUCUGGACAGCUACGUCAAGGAGCUCGAUCCCAAGAAGGAGAACCUGCUCCUCAUUAACAAGGCCGAUAUGAUGACGACAAAGCAGCGCCGUGCCUGGGCCGACUACCUCAAGAAGGCCGGUAUUGCCUUCAAGUUCUUCUCCGCACAAAUCGCCAAGGAGAUGAACGAGGCACGCGACCGUGAAGAAGAAGAGGCAGCCCAGCAAGACGCUUUCCAGCCUCCACCAUCACAGAAGAAGAAGGGCAAGAAGGCCAAGCAGCAAGUCUCUGACGAGUACGACUCUGAAGAAGACGAAGAAGAAGAGGACGAGUCCGAGGAUGACUCCGAGCCCGAAGAGUCUGGCGGCGCCGAACUCACCCGCGAUGACACCGAAAUCCUCACCGUCGAAGAACUCGAGGGCAUCUUCCUGCGCCAAGUCCCCCGCGGCGGCUCCUCCGAGAAGCUGCAAGUCGGUCUCGUCGGCUACCCCAACGUCGGUAAAUCAUCCACCAUCAACGCCCUCAUCGGCGCCACCAAGGUCUCCGUCUCCUCCACGCCCGGUAAGACGAAGCACUUCCAGACCAUCCACCUCUCCGAGCGCGUGAUUCUCUGCGAUUGCCCCGGUCUCGUGUUCCCCAACUUUGCCACAACCAAGGCCGACCUCGUCUGCAACGGUGUGCUGCCCAUUGACCAGAUGCGCGAGCACACCGGCCCCGUCGGGCUCGUCGCCGCCCGCAUCCCCCAGCGCUUCCUCGAGGCCAUCUACGGUAUUCAGAUCAAGGUGCGCCCUCUGGAAGAAGGCGGCACCGGCACACCCACCGCCGAAGAAGUCCUCCGCGCCUACGCCAACGCCCGUGGCUACAAGACCCAAGGUCUCGGCCAGCCCGACCAAGCCCGUGCUGCCCGCUACAUCCUCAAGGACUACGUCAACGGCAAACUGCUGUACGUCGCGCCGCCCCCUGGCAUCGAAGACACCAACGGCUUCAACGUCGAACUCUACGACAGCGCCCACCUCCCCGAGAAGCGCCGCCUGGCGCUCGAGAACCUCACUCUUGCUGAGAACGAGGCGGGCGCCUCGGCCUCUGCCUCUACCGACUUCAUCCCACUUCCCACUGGUCCCAAGUCCGCCAAGUCCGCCAAGCUCGACAAGACCUUCUUCACACCGAAGAACGUUGCCGGCCACGUCUCACGCCCCUUCAACUACAAGUACACCCAACAGGGCCAAAUCGACGCUGCCGCCGAAGCUGCUGUUGCCUCUGAAGGUGGCCGUCUCCUGACGGGCCGCAAGGCACGCACUGUCCGCGCAAUUGAGAACGGCAUCGAUCCCAAGGACGCGGCUGUUGUGUCGAGCAAGAAGCACUUCAAGGGCAACUCGACACACGGCAAGAGCAAGAAGCUUAACCGCGCCAAGGUCGACUUGCACGAGGACUAA